AUGGUGAGAGUUCCACAACCUGACAAGCCAAAGAUUUGGGUAACUGUAUUGGAUUUAAAGAAAAACAGUAUCAGUUGCAUAAAUAUAACGAUGUUGACACAGGAUUUCCCAAAUAUACGCCACAUGGAUCUUCGUGAAAACCCCAUCAACUGCGGAGUAGUCAAAAGCAUUAGCACACGAGCACUGCACGUCAUCAGUGACUGUUAUUCUUUUAACAUGACUAGCACAAACUCGCCAAUAACCGGAGGCAUGCAGAGCAUUAAGCUCCACCCAUCUGAUAAACCAUGGAUAAAUACUAACAUUAAAAAGCUUAUCGCCAAACGACAACGAGCAUGGUUAACUGGCCAUCCCUCGGCAUACUCCUUCUACCGCAACAAAACUACUAAAUUAUGCAGGUAAGCUAGACGCACAUAUUUUAACUCAAAGAUAUUAAAUACUAAGGACAGCAACCCUAAGAAGUGGUGGAAAAACAUCAAAGCUUUGUCUGGAUUUGCAAAGCCAUCCUUACCCUCCUGCCUGUAUCAUGAUGGUGAAUUCAAGCGAGGUGCAGAUUUAGCAGAUUUAAUAGCUGAAUCUUUCAGCAAAGUAUCAGAUGAUAUUCCAGCACUGAGUUUUACAAAGUUACCAAUUACUACAAUUCCUAAUGAGUUCAUUCUCUCACCACAACAAGUCGAGUACGAAUUGUCCAAUAUAAAAGUACAUAAAUCUGUUGGUCCGGAUGCAAUACCAAACUGGCUCCUUAAGUUUUGCGUAUCUUUUCUUAGCAGUCCUAUUUGUUCUAUAUUCAAUUCUUCCAUUGCUCAAGGUGCUUUCCCUAACACCUGGAAAUGUGCGGACGUCAUACCAAUCUCUAAAGUACCUAAUCCCAAAUCUGCAGAUGAUGACUUACGACCAAUUUCUCUUACAUCUGUCCUUAGUAAAAUACUGGAACGUUUUAUUUAUCUUUGGCUCCUUUCCUCUAUUCAUCCGCACAUCGUUCCAUAUCAAUAUGGAAACAUAAAGAACUGUUCGACAACUCACCAGCUCAUUCAUCUCAUUCACCAUUGGUUGGUUGAAACUGACAAACCUGAAAACCUAAUUAGAUCAUGUAUGAUUGAUUUCUCAAAAGCGUUCGAUCGUAUUGAUCAUAACAUUCUCCUAAUGAAACUAACAAAUUUAGAUGUGCCCCCCAUAUUGAUAAAUUGGUGUGCCAAUUUUUUGCAAGAUCGUCAACUUCGUGUAAAACUUGGAGAAAUAAGAUCUAAUUGGAAACAGAUUAAGGCCGGCGUACCUCAAUGA